AUGGACAAUCAAGCUGUGGAAUACAGUAGUGAGUUUAACGAUCUACUGAGAACCAUUGUUUUUGAGCCUCAAGAAAAAUGUGGAUUGAAUUGGACGGUGUCGUAUAGUCACGAAUUGGCUAUAUCCACGAAACUAGUCGAUUGUGUAUACUUGACGUGGGCAUUUGAUUGGAAGAAGCUGGCGGAAAAAGAAGUGGAUGGAUUCACCGGAUGCAUCACUGUCUCACUUCUCGACGCGCAGAUGACAACGCCGUCUCACAAGUAUGCAGUUGAGCUGACAUCUGAUAUCAAUUUGGUGUCAAGACAAAUUGGUGCGGUUUCGGAUUUGUACUGGCGUGGUGGUUCUGUCAGAUAUAAGUUAAAAUAUGAGAUGGCACUUCAACCUUAUUGUCUGGCUAGUCGAUGUUUGGGUAUUGAUACUCAAUUCUUCGCUCGCGACGAUACGGAUGUCACGUUGGAAAUUGAAAAUUAUCAUUUGAACGUGAAUUCUCAUAUUCUCAAGAUUCAUUCGGAUUAUUUCAAACGUCUGCUCUCUUCAAAAUUUAAAGAGUAUUCAAUGGAAGUCAUCUCAAUGCCGACUGUACGUUAUGAAGUGUUCGCAAGACUUCUAGCCAUGAUCCAUCCAAAUGUAAUUCUUCCUUCAGAAGAGUUCUACGAUGGUAUUCUUGAACUUGCCGAUUACUUGUCGAUGCCAUCCAUUUUCCGUAUCAUCGAGCAGCUACUUCGACGUGAAACUCAUUUGACUUUCAACGAAGUUCUUCUACUUGCUGACAAACACGGAAUGGAAGGACUUGUUGAUGAAUGUGUUCAACACAUUACUAUGGAACAUAGAAGCAAGAUGACAAUAGUUGAAGAGUUGCAGGGUCUCUCGGUCAUUACAAAGAAAAACAUUUUUGGUUAA